AGGAAGUGACAACUUUGAGAAUGUUACUGCUGGGUAAACAAGAUAAGUAGUACGCUAUUUCAUAUUGAUGAGACUAGUUUUAUACCCUUACAGAGAUACAAUAUCAGUUAAUCAGGGAAAGAAUUGCUUCAGAAUCAUCUUUCAAGACAAAUGAUUUAACACUGUCAUCACAAAUGGGGUUUGGAUUAUGACAAUGGUAUGAAUGAUAGAAUGGAAUGACAUCAUAAAUAAGGAGUACCCAAGAAGAGACAUAGCUGUGUUGUCUUCUUCAGAUCACCUCCAUAUAUCCCUGUUUUGUGCCAACAAGACAUGCAGGAGGCAGAGAUGGCAAGGAGGCAACAGGAGAAGGAAACAAAGGAGAGACUGAAAGAGAUAGAGAAUUUCAGGGUACAAGAGGAUAAGACAAAGGCAGAAAAAUAUGAAAGAAAAACAGGACAGAAGACAUGGGGGAACACAGAUAUGGAGAGUGUGCAACAGGACAAAGAGAGGGUCCAGAGAAAGUUGGAGCCUGCUGUCCCUGUGCUAAAAGUCAGGGUCAUUGAGUGCAAGCCCAGGACGAAACCAGACCUGACACCUGAGUAUGGACUCGAGCCCAAGGAUGUCCCAGCACCCAGGCCCAGGGCUGAGAAGGCAGACAUGGAGCUGCAGGACAUUGAGGAUGAGGAGUGUGAGGAUGAAGAGUUGGCUCUCAUGGGCAACAAUAACAUUGUGCGUUCCUCAGAUCUGGAAGAAGCCCAGCAUGAGCUUCAAAAGGAGGCCAGGCGUAGAGGACAGGCCGAAGCCAUCGAGAAAUGUUACAGACACAAUGAUGAGGAAAUAUUAUCAGGCUCAAGUAAUAUUAGUAAAGAAGACAGUGCACCACCUAUGAAUGUUGCCAAUAGUAUGACUAAUGGAGAUAUGGAGGGAGGAACCUGUUCCUCAAACAGUAAUGAGGCAGAUGAGAGAACUACCAAAGUGGACAGCGUGACUGGGAAAGUGAUUGGCUGGGUGAACAAAAAAGUCAAAGAGAGAAACGAGAGAAAGAUUGCAAGAACAUACUGGAGGGAGGAGACUCAAAGUGAUCAGUUGUACAUAAACGGUGUAGUGAUUUGCAGCCGUGCCCAGCGAGAGAGAGAAAAGAGGGCAAAACUCCUCAAAGGUGAGCAAACGAGACGGAGGCUGGAAAGACGCUGGCAAGAGUGGGAGAAGAGAGACAGAAGAAAGAACACGCUGAAGAGGGUACAGAGAAAUGGGCUCUGGUACAGGGAGUUGGAGGACAAGAACAGCAGCCAGGGUAGUCAUGAGGACAACUCACUGCCUGAUGAAGCAGAUGAGGCUGACGGUGAUGAAGAGGUGGAAUACCUUUUAAUGUAUGGGCCCUGCGACUGCGAACUCUGCAGGGACGGAUACAAAUGUCUCUGGUACAGUUAUGACAAGGAGGAGACAGACCCCAAGGAGGCUAGGAGCAAGAGGAGGAGGAUAAUCAAUUGGAUCAAUACAAGAGUCAAAGAAGAUUAUCGCAAGAGAAUCAACACAACCUUUAACAUCCAGAGUUUAGUAUGCAAUGAUUAUGCCAUUUACGGAAACGCCAUCCUUCGCCAAUGGGACCUACAGAAGAUCAUAAGGCGGGAACUCAUAAAAAAGGAGGAGAGGAGACAAAGGCUGGAGAAGCGCUGGAAGGAGUGGGAGAAAGCGAGGGCUCAGAAGAUAAAAACAAUUCUUCAGGAGAAGAAGGCAAAGGAACAGGCCAGGCUCAAUAGGCUGAUAGACCUGAAUCUAGAGGCAGACCAGAAGAUCAAGGAGUUCAUUGCUGCCAAUCCAGGAAUCCAGUCCCAGUACCCUGGAGGUCAUACCAGGCUGGAGAUGAUGGGACGUUGGGACAUGGGCUACCAGAGGGAGGAGACUCAGGGCCAGGGGUGCAGAGUAGGACCUGCUACUGUACAGAAGUCCACUGCACCUCUGCGGACCAAGAAAAUAACCAAAUGGCAGAAGUUGCAAAAAUGGUUUUACAUGAUCCAACUGUGAAAAGUCCAGCCCCAGAAUGAUCAUAUGAAAGUUAUUUCCUAAUAAAUAUUUUGGAAGUAAAAUGAAAAUCCAAACGGAAUCAAUUAUAUACUGAUCCUAUCAGAUAUGAUUCCCUCAUAAUAUGGUACAUUGUUAUUUCAAAACCAGACACUUAAAAACAAAGACAUAGUUCAUUUGGUUUCAUAUAUUUCAAAAUAUAUUUUAAUGAAACAAAAUGAAAAUAAUGUUAUUGAUUUUUUGUGAAUUAACACUGGUAACCAAAGCAGGCAAGCUGAGAUGUCCAAAAUGGCCAUCCCAAGGCAUAGCUGUGAACAAUAUUUUCAGAAUUAUGAGGAAAAAGUUCCAAAAUGCUAAAUACAAAGUUGCUAAUUUUAAAAGAAUAGCAAAAUGAUUCAGUCAAGGGCAUUAGAGUAUUCAUCCUAACAAAGAUGUCUACAUAUAUUUCAGGAUGUUGUGUAUCCCUGGAAAUGGUCUUCAUGUCAACAUUAGUUUUGAAAAUAUAGCUUCCCUGUGGCUCAGUUGGUAGAGCAUGGUGUUUUCAACGCCAGCAUGGUGUGUGCAAUGCCAGGGUUGUGGGUUCGAUUCCCACGGGGGGGCCAGUACAAAAAUAAAAAUAAAAAAAUGCACGAAAUGAAAUAUGCAUUCACUACUGUAAGUCGCUCUGGAUAAGAGCGUCUGCUAACAUGACUAAAAUAAAUUUAUAACUGUAAUAGCUUCUUUCUCCCAAAAAAGUAGUUUCUUGGCACCACCACUUCAACAAUCACGUUGUAUUUAAUUAUUUCAGGCAUAUUUUAAACACCUAACAAACACUUAGUACUUAAAAAAAACCACUUAACAUAGUGUAACAACCAUCGUAGAGAGGGGACCAAGGUGCAGCGUGUUGAGUGUUCAUAAUGAAUAUUUAUUUUAACUCAGACCACUAAAGCACAAACAAACAAACAAACAAACAAACAAACAAACAAACAAACAAACAAACAAACAAACAAACAAACAAACAAACAAACAAACAAACAAACAAACAAACAAACAAACAAACAAACAAACAAACAAACAAACAAACAAA